AUGGGCGACUAUCAACUUCAUCAAUCUCGAAAUCUGAGCGUCAACCAGACACUCGAUGAAAUCUUGGGAAUCACUCGGAAAACUGAGAGCACAUCGUCAUCGAGUAACUCAAAUAGUAUCGAGAAGAAUGCAUUGAAUUCUCCGAUUCGACCGCCGACGAGACAUGGAAGAGAAUCUGCUGGAAGUAAUGAAGAGAAUAAGGAUCCCGUACAGACAGAAAACACUGGAAAUCUCCAACCAUUCAGUUUUCUAACAUCCACAUCUACGUCAACAACGCCAACAGGCUCAUCUCGAAGACAUUCUGAUGAUGAUUUUAUCAAAAAACUAAAUGAUAUAAGACGUCGCUCAUUGAUAUCUACAAUUGAUAUGCCCUCAAUGUCUUCCACAAAUAGUUUCGUCAGUUCAAUUCCAAUUCAUCCAGAUUCUCCAAAACGAGAAACACGCCCUCGACUGGAAAUCCACGUGGAAGAAUCAACAGAAGAAAUACCUCCGUCAGCAACUCAAACACCAGUGAAACAUAUCAAUUUCUCUGAAACAACAUUGGGAACAAGUUCAGAACAAGAAGAUCCAAGUUUGACAUUUCGAAUUGAUUCAAAUGAAGAAGAAGAGCCGAAAAAAGAACCGAAAGAAGAGAUUCAGAGGCCAAAAAGUGGGAAGAAGAUGGAACAAAAAAGUGAAGUAGCCGACCAGAAAGAGAAACCAAGAACACCAGGAAAUGAGAAAAAAGAGAGUGAUAUGAUGCAGAUGUCUAUGUUUCAUUCAAAGGUGAAUAGGACAUCGGAUGCUCAUCACAAAGAAUGGUUACAGAAGAAAGAAAAAGAGAUAAAAGAGAGAAAAGCAAAAGAAAAAGCGAUGUCAGAACAGAAGGAGGCAGCAGAGAAAGAACGACGAGAAAACUCGAAGAAAUUAUAUCAGAGAUGGGUUCAGGACCACGAUGAAAAAAUGAAAGCUAUGAAAAAAGCGAAACUUCAAAAGGAAAAAGAGAAAUUGGAAAAAGAGAAAUCGUCGAAAGAUCAGAAAUUGAAAGAAGCGGAUAAGAACUAUGAAAUGUGGAAGCGAGAACGAUCAAAAUCGGUGACAGACAUCAAAAAGAAGUUGGAGCAAGAGUCAGAAAAGAAACGAAAAGCAGAAGAAGAUGCGAGAAAUGAGAAGAUAAAAGAGGCAAAGGCAGCUUUCUUGGCAUGGAAAGCCAAGAAGGAAGAGUUUCUGAGUGAAGAGGCGAGAAAAUUGAGAAAAGAAGAGAAAGAAAAGUUGGAAGAAGAGAAGAAGGAAAUCGAAUUGAAACGGUUGGAAUUGGCGAAUGAAGCAUACGAAACGUGGAUUCAAUUGAAAGAAUCUGAAAGAGAAAUGUUCGCGGAUUGUGUUCUCAUCGAGGCACCGCCCAUCCCGUGGAUUCCACCGAGCAAUUUGGUUCCGAGACAAUUUCUGAGAUCUGCCAACGGGAGCCGCCAACGAACACGCUCUCAAUCAGCCAAAUCCGUUGCUAAACGUUCUCGAAGCCGUCCUGCAACUACCACAUCUUUAAGACCUUUCCGAUAA